ACGUUGAAGAAAAAGGUACCAGUCCAAAAUGUUGCACGAAUUUCGCUGAAAUCAAAAUUGCGUGAUUGAUGCUUUCGGCACAUUCUUGCGAAACCAGAUCACAUAUCGACCUCCAGAUCUCUCUCUGUCAAUGAUGCUUUUUCCUCCGUUGACAGGAAUUUAAUUGAUUCGUCGAUUCAAAAGGGUUCUCAAGUCUGUAAAGAAUAGAACUGCCAUGGGGACAUUCAUUUCAAAGUUAUGGCGGAAGCAAUCCACCAUGGAGCAAUUAGAGUCCAUCGAGAAACGGAUGGAUACUCUCCUCGGCCUAAAGCGACGUGACACGCAGCGAGAGAAGCAGUAUAUGGGGUCCUUGCUCCUUUACUCAGUCAUCCUGUACCUCAUGAUGGCGCUGUUCUUCUAUUUCUACUACGAAGCUAAAGAUUGGAAAGGUCGCGCUACCCAGAUUCUACCGUUUCUUCUCUUUCCAGUAUUGAUCUAUCUAAUAAGGAAGAUACUUCAGUGGUAUUUUGUGAAGAGAAUUGCCAGGAAUCAAAUGGCACUGGAAGACUUGAGAGCAGAGAAGAAGAAAAUUCUUGAAGAGGUUAAAGACAAGGAGAGUUACAAGAAAGCAAAGGAGAUUUUAGAUCGAUUCGACCCGGCCUCAUCUCCCCCUCCUCUCCAACAAGCGACUCCGUCCACAUCCAAAGCCAUCGCCCAACCAGUUCCUAAGCUUCGGCAGAGACCAAUGACAGCAAGGGGUGUAAGAACCCCAAACACACCAAUGCAGAGACCGCCAGUCAGAGGCCCCCCUAGUAUGGCACCUAGACUCACUCCACAGCAGCAACUUAUGAUGAGACCCCAGACCACAGCUCGCCCCAUCCUGCCCAGAGAGAGAGGCACAGUGGAUAAACUUGUUGAUUUCUUAGUCGGUGACGGACCAUCCAGUCGCUAUGCACUGAUUUGUAAACACUGUUAUUCACACAACGGCAUGGCACUGCAGGAAGAGUUUGAGUAUCUAGCCUUCAAGUGUGCUUACUGUGGAGUAUUAAACCCGUCCAAGAAAGUUCGUCCAAAUGCUCCUCCACUCCCAGUUGCAACACCGCCUCCCCAGAGGCAAGGCUCUCCUCAAAGGGUCUCCGAGAACCAGCUACAAGCAAGAGGCAGCAAUGCCAGUGAUGGCGGCAGCCAAUCAGAUUCCGAUCUGGGCUCGUCAAAUCCCAGCACGCCGACCCCUGCCCCUCUCAUGAACCCAGAGGCAGAAGGAUCAACCCAGGAUGAAGGAGAAGCGGAUCAUCCUGAGGACCAAGACGACACCCCAGGGGAGGAUGACACACAAAGUGACGCACCAUCUGACGGACAGAGUGGGGCACCCAGUGAUACACAUGGUGUGGAAGAAUCCUCAUUAAGUACAAGCUGAUAAAACAAACUUCAUAACUUAUUCUUUUCUUUCGGUUAUUGCAUGCAUUUAUUUGUUUUUUUCUUCAGAUUUUGAUAAGUUAUUAUGAAUGAUCGUCAAUAUUUGAUUGGCAAACUGUGGAGAUGUUUUUCUUGAGUGUCCUAAACUGGAUUUAUCUCAAAUCUGCUCACAGACGCUUGCCUCGCCUUAGUGAAGAGUUCAUUAACAACAUAAUUGAUAUUCUACUAUGUCUAUGCACUAUUUCUAAAAUAAAAAACAGUAAUUCUGUCUGGCAAUUUCAGUGAAAAUGAUUCAGAUUAUAUACAAAGCUCAAUUGCUUGCCAUGCCUGUGUGUCAGACUAAACCAAAACAAAUAAUUAAAAAAAUCUUGCAAAACGCUUAAUCCAUGCAGUUUCUUGAUGCUUGUAAUGUUUUCUAGCUUGUCUUGUAAUGCUUGUCUAGUUAGAACAAUUACCAAAAAUGCGCAAGAUUACCGUUACAUCUUGUUGAGAUCGAUUUUAGGAAAGUUGAUCUAAAUUCAUGUUUACCUUCUGAAACCCUACGGUGUAAUUUAGAUUGCUUUUCUUCUUUUUUGACGUUUUUUUUUUCUUCAGUUGUUUUCAACUUGUGCAAAGCCAUGGUGUUACAUUUGAACAUAAUCUAAAACAAACCUGCCAAAUUUCAAUCAUAAAAAUGGUUUGACAUUAAAAUCUUGUUUAUAUAUAACUCGGCUAUUGGUGGCCAUUAUUAGAGGCCAUGUGUCUUUAUUGUUUAAGAUACUUGAAGACAUAAUGAUGCCAGAUGUAUCCAUUCAUUAAUUUAUCGAUUGAUGUGAAUAAUUUUUCUCACAUUUUUUGUAAAUAGUACAAGAAUUAUUUGAUCAUCAUAACAAAAUAUUCACGGGUUAUGUUGUUGUAAAAAUGUGAUUGUCAUGUUUUGCUGUUUGAAACUGAGUAAUUAUUGUAUCUGUAACUUGCCAAACGAAUGGAAUAUAUUGAUGUCAAAUGUGGUUUGAUCUGUGAACCUUCUUGGAGGAACCACAAAAACAUGUUUAAAAAAACGUUGCUUUUAAAAAAGCAAGGACAAGUUUAUAAAAGCGUCCUGAAAGUAUUCUUAGCAUUUAAAAAAGCAAGGAACGUUAUUAGUGUUGGGGCAUAAAAUGCAGUUUCUCACAGCCCAAUAGUUUCUUAAACUCCUGUUGCGCACAAUUUGAUUGCAGUUUUUGAAUUAUAACUUAAAUUUGGAAUUACAAUUGCAGUGUUAAAUAAACAAACAAAUCUCUUGAAA